GGAAGGGGAGCCUCCGAGAUCGCGCUCCGCUCCCCCGCCGGACUGGAUGCCUCUCUGAGCCCAGGUCCGAGUCAGUCGGGGUAACUAAGGAAAAGGGGGCCUCUACUUGGGAGGAGAGGUCCUGUACUGGCCGAAGAGCCAGGGAGCGGGCCGGGGGAUGGGGUCUGGGCAGCUGGAGGAGGUGGAGGAGAGCACGAGUAGCUCCGCGCGGCGGCUGGACCCAGCCACCAAUCAGCUGGGUGCACAGACCGCCCAGCCGCCGCGAGGUUGCACCCGGAGGCGCGUGUGGAGGGCGGCCCGCUCGCCGCCGCCCGGGUGGGCCAGGGGGCGGGGGUGAUCAAAGCGGCUCCGAGCCUCCCAGUCUUCCGUUCCACCUCCCCUCCUCCGUCCCAGGGGGACCGAGGGCGGCCGGAGCGCGCGACAGCGUUGUCCUGCCUCCCCUCUGGGAGUCUAGGGACCUGCGCGCCCCUGCGCAGGAGCCACCAUCCUCUCCACACUCCUACAACCCUCAACCUACCCCCUUCCCGGGCCCUUUGUUCCGGCCUCCGGGCCGAGCCGGGUGGUAA